GCAUUUUUUCUCUCAUCCUCUCUUUAUUGCUUCCUCUCUCGCUCGAUUCCCAUCGUGUUGUGUGCUGCUCUUCGUCAUGGACUACGGAGUUGACCUCAACUGGUGCCCCUGUGGAAAGCGGACCCUGGAUGGCCACUUUUACUGUUCGCAGGAGUGCCAACGCCGCGAAGCAUGCAUGUCGCCCUCGCUGCUGGCUUCCUGGCCCACACCGCCGUCCUCCGUAGGCGGCCUGUCGCCGGCCUCGGGCCCCCAACCAGCUGCCGUCAUCUCCUUCUCGCCAUCGUCUCGCCAGCAUCACCGCCCGCCGAUGCCCUACGAGCAGUCGUUCUCAACAUCGCUCUACCACAUGCACGUCCAUGUCCCCGCCGGCGGCUUUUCCAAGCCAAACUCGCUGCAGACCUCGAGCUACGACAUGACCCCGGACGGACGCAGUGUGCCCGAGCUGUCGCUUGGGUCGCCCUCCAUCUUCCCACUGCCGCUCAAGUAUUCGUGCUCCAAGAGCUUUUCCAACGCCGCUUGAUAUCCCCGCAGGCCCUCCCGCGUCCCUCUCGGCCCGUCAUCUCCCAGCACCAUCAGCACCAUCAGCCCUCGCAGCUACUUUGCGCUUGUUUUUGCCUCCAAAGUCCUUUCCCUCCUCCUCCUUUUUGUGUGUGUUUCUGUUCAUUAUUUAAUUCACCUAUCCUUUUCUUCUCCUCCCCCUCUUUAUCGGAGGCCAAGCCUCCUCUCGUAAUUGUCUCUGCUCUUGCUGGCCCCCCUCCCACAGCAUCAGAGCAACAUCGCUGGCCUGCCCGCGCUUGUCCAUCGUUCUUCGGUGUAUCCUGCCAGACCCUUUCUGGCCCAUAUGCCUCUUCCCGGCUUCCUCAGCACAAUUUUUGGAUAUACUAUUGCCGCCGGCGUAAUCCUGCCAGCCCCCUCCUCCAUCUCCCCUCUUUCCUCCCUCCUGCUUGCAUCAUCCUCUGGCCGUUCGUGCCUCUGACGGGACCAGAGUGGUGCCUCAAUGUCGUGUCUUUGAGUUCAUUUCCUUUAUCCAUUUCUUCCUAUUCAUUUUUGAAGUUUUCAUUCCCUGACCCCCCACCUUGGGUCGCCUCUUGUCUCUUCCCUCUUCCCCGUGGCGCUUUGACCGGCCAGAUCUUCAUCAUCCAUCACCACCGCCAUCGUUCUCUCUCUCUCUUUCCCUCUCUCUCUCCACCACGAAUCCAAUAUUCUCGAGCAGCCGAAAUCCAUCGCUACGGAUCGGCGCAACGUGAAAAGCAAGCUCGCAAGACCCAACAGCCCAAGAAAAGAAAAUCCCAAUCCCGAGGAUGGAAACCCACAAAUCGAAUCUGAGGGAAAAUAACCCAUUGAAAUAUAU